AUGGCUAUUGUUACAGUGAGCGGCGGCAUAAUCGCCCUCGUCGGGGCGGUUCUGGCGCUGGUGCUUGCCCGGACCGUCGUCCAGGUCGCCCGUUCGUCGGCAUCCAAGGUCCCCGGACCGUGGUACUCCAACUGGACGAGCCUUGUGCUUGAUCUCCAUUUCCUGCACGGAACGAGGAGCUUUUACGUGCAUGCCUUGCACGAACAAUAUGGCCCCGUCGUGCGCAUCGCCCCGAAUGAGGUCGACAUCACGGACCUCGAGGCCGUCAAGACGAUAUACACGGUCAAGGAGACGUUUGUCAAGUCGCAGUUCUACCGGCGCAUCGUGUCGCCCGGGUCCGAGUCCAUGUUCAGCACCGUCAGCAUCGACUUCCACCGGCGCCACCGCCGGCUUCUCGCCUCGCCCAUGUCCGAGUCGUCGCUCAAGGCCGUCAUGCCGCAGAUCCGCGCCCUGUCCGACCUCGCCGUGCAGCGCAUCGAGGAGGAGAUGAAGACGCGCGGGUCCGCGGACGUGCUCAAGUGGUGGCUCUUUAUGGCGACGGAUAUCAUCGGCCAGCUGACCUUUGGGGACUCGUUUCGCAUGCUCGAGCUUGGACGUAAAAACGAGUACGCGCAUGAGCUGGAACGAGUUGGCCGCAUAGGCGCCAUUCGCGCCUCCUUCCCCUCCAUCGUCAGCCUCGCAUACAAGACGCCCUUCCGCCUACCCGUCUUCCAAGCCGCCGUAGAAGCCAGCCGCAACAUGACGCGCUACGCGACAGACUCGCUCAACCGCUACCGCCGCGUUGUCGAGAACGAUACGACGUUCGUGCAGCAGACGCUCUUCACCAAGGUCUUCAAGGCCGAGGAGGACGAGAAGAUGCCCUUCCGCGAAGUCCGCGACGAGGCCCAGUCGUACAUCGUCGCGGGGAGCGACACCACGGCCAACUCCAUGACGUACCUGACGUGGGCCGUCUGCCGCCACCCGUCCAUCCGUGACGCCCUGGUGAAGGAGCUGCGCACGCUGCCGGAGGACUACACCGAGGCGCAGCUGCGAGACCUGCCGUAUCUGGAGAAGGUCAUUGAUGAGACGCUGCGGCUCUACUCUGCGGCGCCGUCGGGACUGCCGCGCGUGGUACCCUCCGGUGGAUGCCAGCUGGCGGGAUAUUGGUUCGACGAGGGCACGACUGUCAGCACCCAGGCUUACAGUAUGCAUCGGGAUCCCGUCGUAUUCCCGCAGCCAGACGCCUUCAUCCCGUCGCGGUGGGCGGAACCCACAAAGGCCAUGAAGGACUCGUACAUGCCGUUUGGCCGCGGCUCGCGUGUGUGCAUCGGGCAACACCUCGCCAAGAUUGAACUGCGGCUCGCCACCGCGCGCUUCUUCCUCACCUUCCCGGAUGCCCAGAUGUCGUCGCUCGAGGGCAUGUCGGACCGGGACAUGGAGCCCAAGAUCCAUUUCCUCUCUGGCCCGUCUGGCGGACGGUGUCUGAUCCAAGCGGCGUAG